AUGAUCAGAUGGUGUAGCACCACUGCAAAAGAGAGCUUCUCAAACUUUCCUGAUCCUGAACCAGCUUCUCUAGCUCUUGUUUACGAGUCUCUUGUGCUUCAACGCUGUGUUCAAAAUCACGGACCUAAAAGAAAACGGUGUACAGCAUAUUAUGAAGCGAAGCAAGGCGAUCGAGUUGGAGAGGAAGAAGAAGAAGAGGAGGAGGAGGAGGAUUCGAUUGAAGAUGAGAUCGACAGGAAAGGUAAAGGCAUAUCGAGAGAGGACAAAGGAAAAGGAAAACUGAUCGAAGUUGAUGAAAGUGACGAUAGCGAUGAUGAUGAUGAUGACGAUGACGAUGACGAGGAUGGUGAUGAGUACGAUGAAAGCGAUUUGUCUGAUGAUCCUUUGGCGGAGGUGGAUUUGGAUAAUAUCCUUCCGUCGAGGACUAGGAGACGAUCGAUCCAGCCUGGAGUCUACACCUCCAAUGACCGUAGCGGAAACAACGAGAAUGAUGAUGAUAGUAGUGACGAUAGCGAUGCUUAAAACCUCCCUCCUUAGCUAUAAUCAUUCUUGAAUUAGAUAGUGAUGCAGCGUAUAAGUAAGUCUUUGAAUAAACUAGCUGGUGUUCUCGUGUUCCUUUUGGUUGAGUGCAAUGCAACCCAUAGUAAGGGUCAGUGAGCAAGCUAAACUAGUUGAAGAAACUGACAUUAUAUUGGCAAUGCUCUUCUUUUGAUGCCGAUGGUGAGUAAAGAUGCAAACUUUUAUUUCUCUUACUAGUCCUUAUGUAUUUAACCUUAGUGAAGGGACUAAAUACAACCCAUUGGAUUAUAAUUUUAUAAGGGGAUGUUAAAGUUGUUCUAUGAUUGGUAUGUGGAGCUUUCUUCUUCUUUUUUUACCACAAGUGUGUGUGGUAUUUAGAGCUUUCUUAGUUUGUGAUUCCUUUGAACUUGUGAGUGUCUUUUGUGACUGCUUCGCUAUCACUUUAUUUUGUAAGCUAAAGCUACUCAACUACAUC